GUUCAUGGUCACGUGUUUAUGAUUCGGGGUUAACCAAUGAUACAUGCGUUUUUUAUUGCAGUCUAGCAAACGCUUUCCGUACGACUGGGUGUCUAGUUUGUUGUUAAAGGGAUUGUUAGGCAAUCGAAGAGUAUGGGAUCCUGACGCAUAAAACUUGGACAAGUUUUUUUACUUUUCAUCUUUACUUUUACGAAAAAAGGCGAGUAAACGAUCGCAAUAUAAUAUUAUUGUCAUGGAUGGAAAACAGAAAUUUGAGAAGAAAAAAAAUCCUCGCGAGGAAGCCAAUCCUCUUAGCGCAUUAACGUUCACGUGGAUUUUACGCACUUUUUGGAUAGGGUAUCAUAGAGAUCUUGAAGUAUCUGAUUUAUAUAAGCCUCUUAAAGAGCAUACAAGUAGUAUACUUGGAGAAAAGCUAGCUACUUUAUGGGAGGCAGAAUGUCAGAGGAUAAAUGAAAAAAAAAAUAAAACUGUUAAAAGUGAUGAAAAGCUUGACGAUGAAAGUAAUUUGAAAGAACCUAGUUUAUUGAAAGUUUUAAUCAAAUGCUUUGGCGCACGCAUAAUGGUCUAUGGAAUAAUAUUGGUCAUAAUGGAAAUAGUACUUAGAUUAUUUCAACCAUUUUUCCUUGGUCUAUUAAUCCGUUACUAUAGACCACGAGAACAUACCUAUACUCCGAUAAAUGAUGAUCCACUGUAUAAGAAGCAAAAUAAUUCUGAUAUAGUGUUACAACCAUUAUUUCUUGGCUAUUUACUGCGAUAUUAUAAUACUAACGAAGUAUCAAAAAAUGAAGCUUAUUUAUAUGCUCUUGGAAUAAUACUGUGUUCUGCCGUAAAUGUAUUUGUUGUACACCCAUACAUGAUGGCUAUUCUUCAUAUGGGUAUGAAAAUGAGAGUAGCUUGCUGCUCCCUAAUCUAUAGAAAAGCACUGAGAUUAUCAAGAACUGCAUUAGGAAAAACAACGGUUGGGCAAGCUGUUAAUCUUUUAUCAAAUGAUGUAAAUAGAUUUGAUGUCGCUAUCAUAUUUUUACACUACUUAUGGAUUGCGCCACUUGAAACUAUAAUUAUUACCUACUUCAUGUUCUCUGAAGUACAAAUAGCUGCUAUUAUUGGUGUCGCGACAUUGUUAAUGUUUAUACCUCUUCAAGGAUAUUUGGGUAAGAAGUCAUCAGAAUUAAGAUUAAGGACGGCUAUAAGAACAGAUGAAAGAGUUAGAUUAACAAACGAGAUCAUAACAGGAAUUCAAGCGAUCAAAAUGUAUACAUGGGAAAAACCAUUCAGUGAUUUAAUAGAAAAAGCUAGAAAGAAAGAAAUCAACGUUAUCCGUUCAACGUCAUAUAUUCGAGGUGUUACCAUGUCAUUUAUUAUCUUCACCACAAGAAUGUGUUUGUUUAUCACUAUAUUAGCCUACGUCUUAUUAGAUGGAAAGAUAACAGCUGAAAAAGUUUUUAUAUUGACAGCAUAUUAUAAUAUUCUACGGCAAACUAUGACAGUUUUCUUCCCACAAGGUGUCACUCAAGUAGCAGAAGCUAUGGUUUCUAUAAAAAGAUUACAAAAAUUUAUGAUGUACGAGGAAGUGACGUCAAAAAAAAACGUAGAUAAAAAUAAGCAUAUUGUAGAACAAAAAAACAAAAACAAAACUAGUUUAAACAAUGAAAUAAACGAAGGUGUAACGAACAAGAGGAACAGUUGUACCGAACAACCAAAAUUAGAUAGCGAGGAUCCUAUAAAAUUAGAACGUACUUCUGCUAAGUGGUUUUCAUCUGAAAAUGAAUAUACAUUGCAGGAUAUUAAUAUACGUGUUCGUCCAGGUGAACUUAUAGCUAUAGUUGGACAAGUUGGUUCAGGGAAAAGCAGUUUGUUAAAUGUUAUUUUGAAGGAAUUGAAAGUAUGCUCGGGUACUUUGCAGGUUAAUGGAAACAUUUCUUACGCUAGUCAAGAACCAUGGUUAUUUGCUGGUUCAGUUAGACAAAAUAUUUUAUUUGGUCGAACAAUGGACCAAGUUCGAUACAAUAAUGUUAUUAAAGUAUGUCAAUUAAAAAGAGACUUUACGUUGUUACCUUACGGUGAUAAGACAAUAGUAGGAGAACGAGGUAUAAGUUUGUCCGGUGGUCAACGUGCUAGGAUAAAUUUAGCAAGAGCGGUUUAUGCAGAAUCGGAUAUUUACUUGCUGGAUGAUCCAUUAAGCGCCGUAGAUGCUCACGUUGGUAAGCACAUGUUCGAAGAGUGCGUUGUUAAGUACUUAAAAGGAAAAACCAGAGUUCUUGUUACUCAUCAAUUACAGUAUUUGCACAAUGUCGGUAGAAUUAUCGUGUUGAAGGAUGGCGUGAUACAGGCGGAGGGGACGUACGACGAGUUGGGCUCGAAAGGAGUCGAUUUUGGUCGUUUGUUGGAAACUCCAACAUACGUCGAGGAACAAUCUUCUUCUACGCCUGCAAGUAGAAGCAAUUCCCGUAAUCCAAGUAUCACUUCAUUGAGUUCCUGUAAAACGAAUGACACCAGCAAGCAACCAGAACCGGAAGAGUUAGCCGAAAUGCGGACUAAAGGUAGCGUUUCAGGAAAAGUCUAUGCAGGCUAUUUCUUAGCCGGUGGUAAUUGGUGCGUAGUUACAUUAGUUUUUGGAUUUUGUGUAAUGGCUCAAUCGGCAGCAAGCGGAGGUGAUUUCUUUAUAUCUCAGUGGGUCAAUAUGGAAGAGAUAUCAAUAAAUGUAACGGACGAUGGUAUUAAACACUUAGACUGGAAAGGACCAAUUGAUCGAGAAACUUGUAUUUAUAUAUACAGUGCUUUAACUGUACUUACCAUAGGAAUAACGCUCAUACGUUCAGUAUCAUUUUUUGAUAUGUGUAUGCGAGCGUCAAUGACGUUACACGAUAAAAUGUUUCGUUGUAUCAGUAAUGCAAAAAUGCGAUUUUUCAACACUAAUAACUCUGGCAGAGUUCUCAAUCGAUUUUCCAAGGACAUGGGAGCCGUAGAUGAACUUUUACCAAUUGCAUUGAUCGAUUGCGUACAAAUUGGCCUAUCAUUGUUCGGAAUUAUAAUAGUCGUUGCCAUUGCUAAUCCAUGGUUAAUGAUACCGACUGUUUUAAUUGGAUUUGUAUUUUACUAUCUACGAGUCUUCUAUAUUGCCACAAGUCGCAGUGUUAAACGUCUCGAAGGAAUCACCCGUUCACCGGUGUUUGGACACCUGAACGCAACUCUACAGGGUUUACCAACGAUACGAUCCUUCGAUGCUGGUGAAAUCCUUAUUAAGGAGUUCGACAACCAUCAGGAUUUGCAUUCCUCGGCUUGGUUCAUAUUCAUUGCCUCCUCUCGUGCCUUUGGAUUUUGGUUAGACGUCUUCUGCCUAGUGUACAUAGCUCUGGUCACUCUGAGCUUUCUCAUUAUGUACGAUGAUGCUUCUGGAUCGAUGAAGGGUGGUGACGUUGGUCUGGCGAUUACUCAAAGUAUUGGCUUGACUGGUAUGUUCCAAUGGGGAAUGCGACAGAGUACGGAAUUGGAAAAUCAAAUGACCUCGGUUGAACGUAUACUCGAGUACAGCAAAAUGGAGAGCGAACCACCGUUGGAAAGUACACCCGACAAGAAACCACCAGAAAAUUGGCCGCAACAGGGAAAGAUCGAGUUUAGAGGUGUAUCGAUGCGUUAUGCAUUGUUGGAACCACCUGUAUUGAUGGAUCUUACUUUCGAGAUAAAAGCAAAGGAAAAGAUAGGUAUAGUGGGUAGAACAGGUGCAGGAAAAUCAUCUUUGAUUUCUGCCUUGUUCCGUUUCGCUGAAAUCGAUGGACCGAUAUUGAUUGACGAUAUAGAUACAAGCGUGAUAGGCCUUCACGAUCUUCGUUCGAAAAUGAGUAUAAUACCACAAGAGCCUUUCUUAUUUUCUGGCUCGUUGAGAAGAAAUCUUGAUCCGUUUGAUAACUAUCAAGACAGUCUAUUGUGGCAAGCAUUGGAAGAAGUUGAACUUAAAGAAAUGGGAUUGGAAGCUCAUAUAAACGAAGGUGGAUCUAAUUUGAGCGUUGGCCAACGACAGCUCGUAUGUUUGGCACGAGCGAUCGUACGAAAUAAUCCGAUUCUUAUCUUGGACGAAGCUACGGCCAAUGUCGAUCCACGUACGGAUGAACUUAUACAAAAGACUAUACGUCGAAAAUUUGAAAACUGCACGGUACUUACUAUCGCUCAUCGUCUUAAUACUGUGAUGGAUAGCGAUCGUAUAUUGGUAAUGGAUGCCGGUCAUGCGGUGGAAUUCGAUCAUCCCCAUAUACUGUUACAAAACAGUAAAGGAUACUUAUACAAUAUGGUGCAAGAAACGGGUCAAGCCAUGGCGGACGCCUUGACCGUCGUAGCUCAUGAUAAUUAUACGUCUCGUUACAACUCUACGUCGCUUUGAUGUGUGACACGUAAAAUCAUCACCACGUUAGCCUUUUAUUAGCGCCGUUUUUAUACGAGUCGAUAGAGAUUAGUUAACUCGAAAAUAUUUUCCAUAAAUGCGGCAAAGUUUCAAAUACUUAUUUUUUUUGGGCACGACCGUAGCGUGAAAAUUAUUCUAUAUGAUUUAUAUACAUAAAUGUGUGUGUGUGUAUGUGUGUGUGUAAAACAUAUGUCAUAUUAGGCGAUCAUCUCCAAAAUUAUUUAAGAUAUUCAUAAACACUUGCGAAUCUUUAACUUUUAUAUAUUAAAAUCGAAAUGCGCGAGUGUGUUUGUCAUAUAUGCAUAUUAUAUGCCAUGCUCUGUCUGUGUGUGUGUGUGUGUGUGUGUGUACGUGCGUAUGCGAGUAUGUGUGUAUCCAUUCUAAACGAUUAGAUGGAUUGACUUAAAAAUUUAUGCCAAAAAUAAAAUAACCUUCGACGAUAAUAUA